GUCACAUGACCAUCCUCAACCCAAAGCACUACUGGUAAUUUACCUCGUCUGCAAAGCUUUAGGCUGGCAAUUCAGUCGCUUAAAGUAGUUGUGUAAUUGUAAGAUUACGUAGUUUCAUGGCGAAGAUUUCACCCGAACUAACCAUAUGAUCUCAGUUUUCCAGUCCCAUCAUCUGACCCGAGACACCAGCAGCUACACUACACAAACAUCGCUGACUGUGACAAUGAAGACGGACGUUCCUUACGAGAAGGUGUGUGAUGUGGAGUCCAGAAGAGAAGAUACUACCUUAAAAGCACUGAUGUAUUACAGGUGUGUUCUGGCCCUGACUGGCCUGGCCAGUGUGUUGUUGGCUGUCCUGUUCCUCCAGACUCUGCUAGCUCCAGGGGUCUCUUCCUCCUCCAGCUCCCCCAGGGCCAGGCUCCCUCUCCCCCUCAGAGACAGCUGCUCCGACCCCUGCACGAUCUCAUUGGUGGAGAGCAUCCCAGAGGGGUUGGAGUUCAACUCCAGCUUCUCCCACCCCUCCAUCUACCAAGCGUGGCUCAAUCUGAUUGGCGGUGCUCGCAGCAGUGUCGACAUCGCCUCCUUCUAUUGGACGCUCACUAACAAAGACACCAGAACCCAGGAGCCGACAGCCAAUCAGGGAGAGACCAUCCUGAAGAGGCUAGCGGAAGUGUCCGGAAAGCUGUCUGUCCGCAUCGCUGUGAACACCCCGCAGGCCAGACAACCUCAGGAUGACAUCAGACUCCUCAACAGCUCUGGUGCAGACAUCAGAACCGUCAACAUGAGACAGCUGACCUCGGGGGUUCUGCACACCAAGUUCUGGGUGGUGGACAAGAAGCACGUCUACAUUGGCAGUGCCAACAUGGACUGGCGGUCUCUGACCCAGGUGAAGGAGCUGGGGGUGGUGGUGUACAACUGCAGCUGCCUGGCCGACGACCUGGCCAAGAUCUUUGAGGCCUACUGGUACCUGGGCCAGAGCGACAAGCCCAUCCCCGCCCCCUGGCCCAGCUCCUUCUCCACCUCCUACAACAAGGACACACCCCUGCAGCUGCCUCUCAACGGCACUGACUCCACAGUGUAUCUGUCGAGCUCCCCCCCGUCGUUCUGUGCCCAGGGGAGGACAGGGGAUAUCCAGGCCAUCCUCAGUGUGGUGGAGGAUGCUGAGCAGUUUGUCUACAUCGCCGUCAUGAACUACCUGCCCACCAUGGAGUUCUCCCGGCCCAAACGGUACUGGGCCGACAUUGACACCCAGCUGCGGCGCGUAGCGUUCGAGAAGCGGGUCAGAGUGCGUCUGCUGAUCAGCUGUUGGGCGAGCACCCAGCCCGUCAUGAUCCCCUUCCUGCGUUCCCUGGCCUCCGUCCAGGAGCCCAAGAGCAAGCUGGACAUCCAGGUGCGGUUGUUUGUGGUCCCGGCCAACCCCCGCCAGAAGGAGAUCCCCUACGCCAGAGUCAACCACAACAAAUACAUGGUCACAGACAAGGUGGCCUACAUAGGGACGUCCAACUGGUCAGGUGACUACUUUGUGAACACCGCUGGCUCCGCCCUGGUGGUCAACCAGACCGCCUCCCAGUCCCCGCAGCCCAGCGUCCAAUCACAGCUGCAGGCCGUGUUUGAGAGAGACUGGGAGUCCGCCUACAGCAAGUCUCUGCGCCAACACUCGGACCUGAAAAACCUGUGUUAAAUGCUGCCGACGCGUUACGCCUGUUUGUCUGGUGGCUCCAGAGGAUUUCAUUGAUUAUUCAUAGCAUGCUAGAUUCAUUUUUAAUUAUUUUGAUGCGUGAUUGGUAUGGUGUGACUAUGCAGAAGAUCAUGUUUUAUAGUUUUUAUGAUUUUUAUAAACUAUGUGCAUGGUUAUCAUAAGCAUAAUCAGUUAAUAAAUUGAUUCAGUGUUUUUCUUGAAUUUAAUUUCCACUGUGUGGAGUGCGUGUCUAUCAAGAUAAGAGCGAUGGAGGUGGUCGUCACCGCAACCGUCCAAAAAUAUUUGUGGCUUCUUUGCAGAGAAUAGCUUUGUGUACGAGUGGUAUUGGUCUGCCUUGACAGUAAUCUGUUUUGUACACACAACAAAUUCUCCCCUUGCUGUCUUUGUGUUCUUAAUAAAAGUGAAUCGUA